AUGCCGAAGAGAAAAUCAUCGACAACGUCCAAAACUGAAGAACCUCCAACUCCUGGUUCAUUGAAAUUUCAACCUAAAAGUAAAGUUUGGGCUAAAUUAUCAUCAUAUUCACCAUGGCCUGCUUUUGUAAUACCACCAGAGUCAUAUACAAAAUCAAUGAAGGAUGAAAAAAAAAGAUACCCAAAACAUCCAUAUUGUGUUGGAUUUAUUCCAAAGUAUGAUUUUGCUUGGACGAAAGAGAGUGCAUUAAGAGAAAUGACUAAAGAAGAAUUAGAUAAAAAAGCAAAAGAUAUUCCUGACGAACAAAAUAUAACACUAGAUCAAUAUUAUAGUAGACCAGCACCUCGUAAAGAUGCAAAAUUGAAAGAAGCAAUAUGUAUAUCAAGAAAUUUGGAGUUUGAAGAAUUUGUGGAAUAUGUAGAAAAAAAUGUCCCAAGUAAAAAUGAUGAAGAAGAUGAUGUAGAAGAAGAAGACGAUGUUGAAGUAGAAAUUGAAGAGUCACAACCUAAAAAGAAACAAAGAAAAUAUACCAAACCUGAUACAAAAGUGAAACAAGAUGAAAAUCAAGAUGUAGUAGAAGAAGAAGCUGAAUAUGGAGAUAACGAAGAUGAAGGAGAAAAAUUAAAACCACCACCAAGAAGAUUAUCACGCAAUGGAGGUAAAUUAUCGACAAAUGAAACUGGAACAAAAGGAAAAGAAAGUGAUUCAUCGACAACAGCAGCAGGUAGAAAAAAAUCAGUUUCCAAAAAAUCAAAACAAGAAAGUAGUGACGAAGAUUCAGCAACUGCAGUUGCAGCAGCUGCAGCAGCAAUAUCAAAUAAAUCAACAACAAAAGAACCGGUUAGUGCAGAAGAAAGACAACAACAAUUAUGGUUAUGUCGAAUUAAAUUACAAAAGUCAUUAAUUCAAAGAGGUCAAAAUUCAACACCAAAAGAUUUAUCAAAUUUACCACCACCAACAAUUGAUGAAUUAAGUGUUGCAAGAUUAAUAUUAUAUAGAUUAGUGGAAUUUCCAAUAACUGUUGAAUUAUUAAGAAAAACAAAGAUACAUAAAGUCCUAAAAUUAAUUACGAAAGAUUCAAGUUUGGAAUUGAAAGAAAGUUUCAAAUUACAUGAAAGAUGUAAUGAAUUAUUAGAUAAAUGGACACCAUAUAUUGAAAAAUUGAAAUUGGAAAAAGAACAAUAUCUUGAAUCGGAAAAGAGUGAGAUAAAACAAGAAGAAGGUGAUAAUAACAAUAAUAAUAAUGAAGAUAAAAAUGGAAAAGAUUAUUUAAAUGUAAAUAAUAACAAUGAUGAUUCAGAAGUAUCAGGUUUAGAUCAAAGUAUAUCGGGAAUUGAAGAUAAGAAUAUUAAAGAAGAUAAAGAAGUUAACUGGCAUUAG